CAGACAUUCAGCUGAGAGCAUCUAAAUCCUCAGACACAUCGAGAUAGCCACAAUACUGUUAAAAUGAGUAACUCGGGAUUUCACAAUAGUGACAUUCAAGGACCGUUAAAGUACAUCAGUAAAGAAGAAGCAGAUGCUUUGGAGAAGGAAUUGCUGGAAGACUAUCGGUUUGGCAAACAGCAGCUAAUCGAGAUACUGGGACAUAACUGUGCAACAGCGGUUACCAAGGCAUUCCCUUUGAGAGUUCUACCUAAAAAGCAGCCCACAAUCUUGGUGGUGUGUGGACCAGACCAGAAUGGGGCUAUUGGCUUGGUGUGUGCCAGACACCUACGUACUUAUGAUUAUGAACCUACAAUAUUUUAUCCAAAAAAGUCGACAGACGCCCUUUUCAAGGACUUUACCAUUCAAUGUGAAAAGAUGGACAUUCCUUUUCUAUCCUAUCUUCCAACAGAGGUGCAGCUAAUUAACGAUGCAUAUAAUUUAGUGGUGGAUGCUGUGCUCGGAGUAGAAGCAGAAUCACAAGAGAUGAAAGAACCAUGUGCAAGUAUUUUGGGGACAUUAAAACAGAUAAGAAUUCCCAUCAUCAGCCUAGAUGUUCCAUCAGGUUGGAAUAUGGAGACUGGAAACCCAGAUGGUAUCAACCCAGAAGUGCUGAUUUCCCUCAUGGCCCCGAAGAAAUGUGUUCUCCAAUAUACUGGGAAACAUCACUACAUCGCAGGGAGAUUUCUACCCUAUGAUAUACAGAAGAAAUUUGAACUCAACCUACCAAAGUACCCUGACACAGAUUGCGUGGUGCAGCUUUAGAACAUCAAACCUGCCUUGUGAAAUUUAG